AUGCGCACUGUACAGCUGAGAAAGUGUCCCACUGGCAGUGAUUGCUGGGCUGUGCCCAUAUCCUUGAGUGCCAGCUCAAACCGCGACCUGAAACGCGAAUUCAGCCUUGCAGCAGCAGCGCUGCUGGAGCGAAGGAAGAAACAGAAGCUUGCCAAAGAGAGAGCAGGGCUUUCCAAGUUGCCUGAUCUGAAAGAUGCUGAAGCAGUUCAGAAGUUUUUCCUCGAGGAGAUUCAGCUUGGCGAGGAACUACUAGCUCAAGGUGAAUAUGAGAAAGGUGUUGAUCACUUGACCAAUGCCAUUGCUGUGUGUGGACAGCCGCAGCAGCUACUACAAGUUCUACAGCAGACUCUUCCACCACCAGUGUUUCAAAUGCUUCUAACUAAGCUCCCUACAAUAAGCCAGAGAAUUGUAAGUGCACAGUGCUUGGCUGAAGAUGAUGUUGAAUGAGGUCACACCACAACAGGGGGAAAAAAUGUUUUCUUACCCCAGAAGAUGAGCAUCAUUAGGGGGAUAAAGGGGCAAACAUAGUAGUUAAUGGACUGUGUACCACAUCGGGUUCUACCAGAGUUAAAAUUAACUUUGUGUAGGUGGGUUUCGCAGGAUUUUAUUUAUUAUCCCAGUGAAAAGUGUAUUUUGAUAAGAAUUCAUUUUAUAAAUACACUGUGGUGAGUUAUCAAAGUAUCACUAACUUCAUUAUUAUUAAAAUAUGCAGUUGUAAUGUUGUACAUAUAAAGACAUAAAACUACGACCUAUUAAAAACCCAAUGCUCAUUUUUGAAAAAACGAAGUUAUGGCAAUAAAGAUUUAUCUGCACUUGUGUGUCCCUAUAGUACUACUUUAAAUUUCAGAACAUUUGGGUGUCAGAGCAAAUGAUCUAAAAAUGACUUAACAUUAAAAUUUAUUUUAAUGUUAUGGCUGGUUUUCCAAUGCUUUUAAUUAAGUUUAAAACCUUGUGUCAUUUCCUGAGAAAACAGAUGUGAUCAUUUAAAAAGUAACUGAUCACCUUAGAAAGAGAUGUAGAUCAGAAUGGUAAUAGAUGACUGGCUCUAGAAAGGAUGACAAAUCCAUUUCUGUUAGGAACAAUAACAUCUAAAGUGAUUCAAGUCAAAACUGUAUCUGGCAAACAUGAAAGCAGAUGUCUGAAAUAAAGCUGUUUGGAAUAGAACCUGGGGCAGAUUGUAAGAGCACAAAGGUUGGUUUUUUGGAAAGCUUGAGACCUUUUUGCAAGAUAGGCAGUUAACUUUUCAGUAUCUAGUCUUCAAGACCAUAGAAAAUGGUUGUUAACAGUCCUUCGCAUUUGCCUUAAAAAAUUUGCACUGAUAAGGUAAGACCUUGAUAUCCACAGGCUAAGCUAGCUAAAGCUAAUGGAGUUAUAAAGAUGAUGUAGAAUUUCAGUAUGAUGUGAUACGGUAAAAAAUUAGGUAAGUGUUCCUUUGCCAGUGAACAUGAGGCAAGUAAUACACAGACUCAAGGGAGUAGCAGAAGCAUAUUUCUGAAAGCAAGUUUUCCAUGAAUAGGAUGUUCCAAAUGUCAGAACAGAUUGACUUGUACUGUUCUGUCUUUUUGUGCUGUCACCAUUCAGGUGGCAGAAGAAACAAUUGAAAAUGUAGCUUUAUAUUUUUGGCAUGGUGACUUGCUUUAACUUAAGGAGAAGAAAGGAGGAGAAUGCUUUGAGGUGUCUGUCUUUUAGACCAGCUCAUGGUUUGUGCUAAUGAUGCUGAUACAUUAAUAAUGAGGUACUAGGUGGCAUAGUCCAAGUAGAAGUGAGAUACUCUGAGAGCACUUUAACCAACAUUCCCAUCUGUCUUUGUCUCAUUUCAGCCUGGUGUAAGUUUCUUUAAGGCCAAUUCUUCCAAACUGUAGGUCUCAAUUUUCAGAAAUCGCCUCAUACAGAAUUUUUGAGAGGUGAAGUGGAUAGUUCAUGGUCAUCUAGCAGUCAAAUAACUUGAGUUUGGGAAUAGAAAUGUCUGUUACUAAGUCAGUCUGCUUAGAUGGUUUGCCAUGGAAGAGAUACUUCCCUCUUAACCCCUUGAAAACACAAUUUCCCAAGAUUUGAGGUGCUAUUGAACCUUUCUGUAAUGCAACAAAUACUGAAGUUAAUUGCUGGUACAAACAAAAAUUUCUUGGAACAGCUGGCUGUAGUUUAGUCUUUUUGGUGUGCUUAAAUUCUUCUGGUAGCAUAAAGUAAAAGUAAAACUUAGUAUCCAUGAUCUUCAGGUGACUGGUUUGCUCUUUUCCUUUGAAUUUAUUUUAGAGGGAAAAGCUACUGUGCAACUUAGUAUACUUAAUAAAAAUACUGUGAAAGGGCAGAAGCUUCUAUUUUUAAUGAGGCUUUCUGGAGGAGUUUUUCUUUUCCUUUCUAACACUAAAAAUUAAAAAUUCAUAGGUUAUGCUGACAUAACUGUUACUUACUGUCCUUGCUGGUGGUGGUCACUUCAGUGGAAUAUCUUUUUGGUUCAGCUUUUAACAUCUUAAGGUAAAUCAAACUUCCACCCUGCCUUGAAAAACAAACCCAAACAGCAUAAGACAAAAGUGGCACCUUUCCUCCAAACCUGAACAAUUUUCUACUCUCUUUGGUACAAUGAUGACAAUUUGAAUUCACAAUUUAGCUUACAGCAAAGCUUUCCUGAACUAUGUUUUAGCAAACCUGAGUGUUAAUUCUGAUUUUGGUGGAAGAGUUGGUGAUAGUCCGAUUAUGCCUACAAAUGGUUAUUGCUUUAAUAAACAUCAUAGACACACAUAUUACUCCAACCACUUUUAGUUUUCUUGGUCCUGCAAAGUUAGAUGGAACCAGAAUUUUAGAUAGCUUAAGUUUAAAUGAAAUCUUAACUAUAAAUUUGUUCUUCUGUUUGAUAAUCCAGAAGACUUGAAGAUACUGUGUAGAAUGGGAAUUGGCUGUUGCUCCAGCAGUGUCAGGCUGAUGCUGGUGUAGCUAUCAUGCACAGCCCACAGAUGUAGGAGGCUGUAAUUUAGAACUGGUUUCAGACAUAACAAAGUGCAGGUCAUCGGAAGUACUCUGGUAAUGAUGGAUGUUACUGCAUCAGUAGUAGCAAUGCCAUUGCAUUAGCUGUGCAUAGUACCAUAAUUCUUUUCACUUAUGCAAAUU